AUCAACGACUCCAUACUUUUAAAUCUUACUAUUAUUUACUGUCGUGUUGACAUUUUUAAAGUGAAAAGGUGAGAAAUUAAUUAUAAUUCCCCAGCAAGUUUUACUGCACUAUUUCGUGUAAUUUUAACUAUAAUAAUAAUUUUAACCAAAAUAAGUUGCGGUCAUUAAAUCAAGCAACCAGGGCAACAACCUCCUUCGCUGUGGUGUAGUUUUCAUCCUCAUCAUCUUUCAUUAGUGUCAUGGUCGGUCGUCGUUAAACUUAAUUAUACUUUUCUGCCCGGUUAUCACCGCCGUCAGCUGUUUAUCAUCAUCCUCAUCAUCGGACCGAGGGGGUUCGUCUUGGUGACUUUGCCGCGGGGGAGGAGUGGACCAAGAGCGCAGGAAAAAAACGAAGAGGACGACGUCCUAGGUGCUGGUCUGACGUGCGUGGUUUGGUUUUGUCCACUUCAUCAUCGCAUCGCAUCGCACCACCGCCACCACCAUCAUCCCCACCACCACCACCACCACCACUAUUUCUACAAGAAUCACAAUAGAGUUCAGCUUGCCAGUAGUUGAACCUGAGCUUGGGAAGAGAAGAAGAAAACGGGAUUUGUUCUGCUGCUGCUGCUGCUUCUUGCUGGGUUCAACCAGACUAGGCUCACUCACCUGCCUCCACUCGAAAAGCUCAUCGUCCCUAUAGAAAAUACAAUUAAAUACUACUUGGCAAUUUCUUACUACUGUUUAUUUACAACCCUUCUCGUAAAAACAAUGAGAAUACGACCCUGACGAUGAGGCCGAGAUAAUAAAAAAACCAAGAGUAAAAAAAACUUAUCCUUAUCGUUGGUGGGUGGCGUCAGUUUGGUCGGUUAUUAGUGGUCUUACUUAUUUAGUACGCAGUUAUUUAUUUCAUUCAGUAGUCUUAUUUUAGUGAGUGAUACUUAAUAAUACACAAAAGAGAGGAAGAAAGGAACAAAUGAGUGGAUUGGAUGGAGUAUUAUCGGAGUAAUUUUUUACCAUGCCCAACUUGCCAAAAGGUUAAACUAGACUAUUAAUAUACUUAACUUAAUGGCACUGCCACACCACUGAUUUGAUAUUAAUACACGAAAAGGAAAACUCCUCGUCGUCACAUGACCAAACUGUGAAUAGACUGAUUUUAUUUUUGAUGAGUGUCCAGGAACAGAAAAAGAGAACAAAGUUAAUACAACAUUUCCUUUGCACUUUGGAUUGAAUUGGAUUUCAUUCCUAUACAUAAUAUUACUACUUAUUAUUAAUGUGUAUAAAAGUUUUAAAGUGUUCAUCAAUCUCAGUUAAACAACUGGAGAUGCAAAAAAAUCAUUAAUUAUACUACUACGCUUAGAAUUGUCUGAUCCUUUGUGUAAAAAUAUUUCACUGAUAACAAAAAAAAUCCAAGAUGGUGGACGUUUCAGAUUCAAAAUUGAAACAAAUGUUGGGGAAGCCUUGGUCGGCAUGGAAUUUGCCAGGAUGUUCGACAGAAAUGGAUUCGGUUAAACUACGCGAGGCGUACAAGCCCAAGGAGCUCGAUAAGCCAAGGGAUCAGUGUAACUUACUGCCGCAUUCGUUAAUACAACUGUAUGGAACCAAGCCCGAAGUAGAGUACUUUUCCGUGACGAAAUGUCCUGCGUGUAGAUCUGUUAUGAAAAGUCAGUGGAUGACGAAACAUUUUAAACGCGACUCCUUAAACAGCUUGGUAUGUAGGAAGACCGAAUUGGUAGUGAGUGGCGAUAAAUGUAUAGGAAAAGCCAUCACGCCGCUCUACGAUAUUAAAGAAACUUCAAAGGAUCCACUGCUAGAAUUUUCUGUACGUCCCACUCCUCCGACUCCUCCCCCUACUCCGUUACGAUCAUCAACUACAACCAAGGAGACGAAGGAUGUCAAGGUCCGCAGUCCUACCCGAGAACAUCGCAACAUUUCUCCUACACAUCAUCACUCUCAAUUGUCCCCCACACGACAGAAGCAUUCGUCGUCACAUAAGACUGAUCAAUCCACUAGCAAAUCAUCAUCAUCGUCUAAAAACUCGUCAUCAUCAAACUCACAUUCAAAGAAACACUCAAGUUCCAGCUCUUUGAAUAAGCACAAAUCUUAUUCGUCUUCAAAAACCGUGUCGCCGUCACAUUCAUCUUCUUCGCAUUCAAAAAAGGAAAAGUCGCACAAGUCGCACAACUCCAAUGCAUCCUACGUUCUCUCCAUCCCAAGCGACGACGCGAGUCACAAUGAGUCCGUGGAGAGCAUCUUAUCCAGUUCAUCCUCCAAGACUAUGCACAUAGUAACGAGCAAACAGCAACAGAAAUCCCCAGAACCAAAAUAUGAGCAGCUGAAAUUUUAUGCAGAUUCGAGUGACAAACAUAAAAGUAAGGGGUCAUCGGGAGACACAGAUUCUAAAUCUCACAAAUCGCACUUUUCCUCUCAUUUGGACAACUUCAAGAUCCCAUUAAAGAACAAAACCUCGUCCAGUAGUAGUCACUCAGAGUCUGUUAGCAAGAAGUCGAAAAGUAGUCAUAGCAGCAGCAAGUCGGGGCACGACUCGUCGAUAAGCAAAUCAUCAACACACACGACGGUCCGUCACAUUACUAGUUCAUCUAGUAAUUUCGGUUCCCAUAAACCCAUUCCAAGCUUAACGAUAAUCAGUGAGGCUCCCACAAUGAACCUGGUAAUCUCCCAAGCCCUUGCCGAUGCCAAGGAGAAGAAUCAUUCCAAAAAGAAGAAAAAGAAAAAGAACAGGGACGAACCUCGAAAAAUAAUUCCAUUAAAGGAACGAGCUUUUAAUCCGGAUCAGCACUGUGGUGUAUGCGUAUCUGAGGUUGCUCCUCCGUGUACACGUUCUCUGACGUGUAAGACGCACUCGAUCUCUUUGAGGAGGGCUGUGCCCGGGAGGAGCAAGGCGUUCGACUCGUUACUGGCUGCACACAAGAAGUCUCGAGAUGAGGAAAAGGCUAAGACGAAAGAGGUGGUUGAGGAACCGAAAUCCAAAGGGAAGAAAACAAGCCACCACUCAACACCUCUUCCACUGGAUUCCGAUUCGAGUAGUAGUUCACUCCCACAUCCACCAGUAAUUGCAGCGGCUACAACGACUGUAACAAAGACUACCCAACAAGCAAGCUCUGGAAAAGCAGUGAGUUCUUCUACCCUCAACUCCAAGGGGAUAACUUUGCCUGCAACUUCAACAUCAGGUCAUGGUGGAAAGCUUAAUAGUUCGUCCAGCAAAUCUGGUCAUGGACACUCUGCUGCCUCGAAAGGAAUCACUUCCCAUUCUCACCCACUCACCCAACGCCAACAUCAUGCAAAAGCUGCAGCAUCGGUGAAGGUGUCAAAUCGGCCGAUAAUCAUUGUGGACGAGAAAAAAGAACCACGAGGACUGUCGUUGUUUGAUAUUGGAAGGGAACCUGAAAACAAUUUCGUGUACAUCACCUUCGUUGAAGCUCCGAAAUCCAUACGAUAUAAGAAAGUAGCUACAAAAAUGUCACGAACCAAUGCUCUAUCCGAAUGGAAUGCAUUCGACAGAUUUUCUCGAAAGAGCGCCUAUUAUACUGGUGGCGCCGGUAUAAAAAAGAAGGGAUUCAAGGAUCCACUCGUCCCGCUUUUAACCAAAAUUACAAGCCCUGCAACUGCUGCAACGUCACAAAUUGGUGACAAUGAUGCCGGAGAAGAAGGAAAACUAUCUAUCUCAAACCAGUCAGCAUUGAGAAGCCCAAAGGAUGCCAAAAAACGGAAAAUGUCCUCCAACGGUAAUCCAACAACACCUGUAGUAAAAAAGGCACGUCUGCUCACCGGACCGCACGAAUUUUACGAAUCCCUCGUCUAUCAAACGAAAUCCAAACAGACGUGCAAAUCGACGCUGAAACGGUUAGAAAUCCCCGCCAACCCAGAACAACUCGACAUGGACGGGCUUUCAGAGGAGCAUGCCCAUAUGAUAAGGAAUGAAAUGAUUUCUGUUGAAUAUUCUCCUAGUGAUUCGGAUGAUCCUAAAACCGUAGGCAAACUAGUUUAUGAGUCAUUAUCUCCUGAAGCUCGUGAGUUUAUUGAAAGUUACGUUACAGCGCACAGUGAUAACAAAGAUAUAAAAGUUACUUUAAGUGAGGAGGAUAUGUGCCAGCAUGCAUUCGAGUUAAUUAACAAAUGCAUUCUCUCAUAAGUCUAGUCUAUUAAUUAUUAUUAUUACAGAGUGAGUGGGUUGGCAGUAAUAAUAAUUACUCUAAUUUAGUUAAGUUCAGAUGGGCAAAUCUUAUUUUAAACCAAUUUUGCUAGUUUUUGAUCUGAUUCAAUCUUAGACGAGCAGUUUAUAAUACAGAUGAUUGUCUCUAGUCUUCCAGGUGGCCUCAGGAAGUUACCGUUUUUUGUCCAGUAAUUAAGUAAUUUAGAUACAGAACUUAAACACACACACUCAAGCCACACUACGCGCAUUUAAAUUUGUAAUAUCUAUCAUGUAACUAAGUUAAUACAGUUAUUACAAUUUCCGUGGUAUUUUAUGGAUAUUAUAUUUUAUGUAAUGUGUGUCUCGUGUUGUGCCGAAAUGUCGCAUUUAUAUUGUUUGCGUCAUUUUUUCAGAAAUAAUCAGUAUUCCGUAUUCCGUACAGUAACCUUCUCAGGAUUUGAAUUAAUUGAUGAUGGUGAUGAUGAUAACCUCUAAUUUUAUAUUGAAUUGUUCCAUCGCUGCCGCCGUAGCAAUUUACAGAAUUAUUUAUAAUGAAAAGAAUGUAACGUUCUACGUUUUGUUAUUCUUCGUGUAGUAGUUUAGUGUUAUAGUUUCGGUGCUGUUUUAAAAAAUAAACUACAGAAUGUACGUCGUCUUGAAAUAAAUUUAAAUGUCUCCUC